UUGCACGCCCCGCGAUCUGGUCUUCGCCCCGAGGCGGGGACUCCGGACUUUCUGCGCCACGGCGGGCGAUGGAGGGCUUCUCGGGACGCCGGGCUCUGGUGACGGGGGCGGGCAAAGGUACUGGCCAGCGGCCUCCGGCCUAAAAGCAAUGGCCCCCGCGCACCCUCUUCGUCCAUUUAAGAGGCAUUUCCUUACUCCUUUUUGCAGGGAUCGGCCGGGCUGUGGCGGUGGCGCUGAGCCGUGCCGGGGCCCAGGUGGUCGCGCUGAGCCAGACCCAGGCGGAUCUCGACCACCUGCAAAAGGAGGUAGUCCUUCUUCAAUGCCUCUUUCAGAAAAGCUCGUGUAGGGUCGUCAAGCUUCUGAGAGGGCUCUUACUGGCUGGGGUUGCCCACACUCAUGCUCCCACCUACCGACCAGCUGAUCCCUGAUCCUAUAAAGUUAGCUGAUCUUCAUGGAGACCCGGUGCUGAGAAAAGCUUCACUUGCUGAAUUUCUUAUCAGGGUGUAGGAGCGUUACUGAGAAACAAUGUGAUAGCUGGGGGGGAGGGGGUAGGGAUUAUCUGCCUGCACAGUUUUGCCUUCCAUGCAAUUUUCGCCUGUGGCACCAUUUGUGUGAUUAUUAUUAAUGCAGGGUACAAAAUGCGAAAGGCACAUUCCAACGUGUGUAGAUCUUACAUACAAUCGUACGAGUUGGAAAGGAGCACAAGGAUCAUAAUUCUAAGCCAACCCCGGUAAUUCAGGAAUCUUUCGCCCAACCUGGGGCUCAAACCCACGACGCUGAGAUUAAGAGUCUCAUGCUCUCUAACAACCAAGCUAUCCCUCAUUCAAGAUGUCACAUUCUCAUAUGAGAUGCAGACGAUGUCACACACACUUCUGUAAAAGUGCGCCUAAUGAUACAGAAUUAAUUUCAGGGUGAAGAUAGGAUCUGACAACCCUAGUCUUGAACCAUCAACCACCUACGUCUUCAGCCUAUUCUGUGCGUCUGUAUGUUGUUGGAAGAACAGGAACUAGGGCACCAGCAGACCCAGAUUCUCUUCUGCCCCACUAGCUUAACCUGAUCUCUAUCUGUUUUCUCUGUUCCUAGUGCCCUGACAUCCAGACGCUAUGCAUAGACUUGGGUAACUGGGAGGCCACAGAGGCAGCACUGAGCUCAAUGGGGGAUAUUGACCUGUUGGUGAAUAAUGCUGCUGUAGCACUGCUGCAACCAUUCCUACAGGUGACCAAGGAGGCCUUUGACAGGUAAUCCCAGACCCAGGACUACAGGCAGGUUCCCUUGUUGGUAUCUGGUGGUUAGGGGAAGAGAUGCCUAAUUUCACAUUGCAAGCUGUCAUACAAUUAUGUGCCUUGCAGAUUCUCACUCUGAGCCCUGGAGGCUUUCUGCAUCCAAUCCUGAAAGACGUGUAAUAAAACCUUUAUCCUAGAUUGAUGUUUUCAUUUUAAUCUGUCCCAGUUUGCCAAAUAAAAGAGCUGGCUCACAGAGGCGCCAACCACAACUCUUCCUGCUGCUGGAGAGAGGGAUACGGUGGCUAGUUUUAUUUUAUCUGCUUGGUUAUUGUCAAGGCAGAUCCGUUGCUAAAAUGGGGGGGCGGUGCUCUGUUUGCAGGUUACAAAUGUUGUCCCUGCAUAUUUUGGUCCCUAGCAGUAACCUCAAGGCAUUGCUGUCUGCUUUGCUUUGCAUAUUUAAUCUGACUUUGCUUUUAUGUAGGUCUUUCAAUGUCAACCUUCGGGCCGCACUGCAUGUCUCUCAGGUGAGAAGUCUGCGUGGUUUUGGGAGGGCAAUGCUCACUUCUGAGCAGCCAAGCAAAAGGCUCAGAGGCUUGGCUAGUAUUCUGGCCUCCCGUAGGAAUUCUAGCUCAAUCCUAUGCAUGUUCACUCUGAAGUAAACACUCACAGAUAAACAAUGGAAUUUACUCCCCAAGUAAGUGCAUAGGACCACAGCCUUAAGGUGGUAAACAUUUAGAGCUUUGACCAUGCUGUCGCAUGCUCCUUCAGGGCUGAGGUAUAUCAGAACUUCUCCAUGUAACUGCUCCUCUGUGCUCGAGGCUUGUCUUUAGUUACAAUGGUGAUAGUGCACAUUAAAGCUACAAUGUCCUCACCCCUUUAUCGGGUGCCAUGCGUUUCAGAUUGUUGCUCGGAAACUGAUUGCCAGGGGAGCGCCGGGUGCAAUUGUGAAUGUCUCGAGCCAGGCAUCCCAUCGGGCUCUGACCGAUCACACGGUUUACUGUGAGUAAAACUACAAGGUUUUUGCUGCUGUCCUUCCUGCUAAACACAGGUGGAAUCUGCAAACAGUGUUUGCAGUGACAACGUUGCCUCAAGCCAUGCGUGUUCAAGCUGGCCAUGGAUGAGAGCGUGAGGGGCAGGAUUGGGGUGUGGGGAUGAGCAGGCAGCAACCCAGGACACUAAAUUCUCUUGUUGCGUUGAAGGUUCCACCAAGAGUGCCUUGGAUAUGCUGACAAAGACAAUGGCUCUGGAGCUGGGUCCCCACAAGGUAAGAACUGAACCCAGAUGAAUUAUUAUAAGAAUGUGAACAUCUGGCGUGGAAAGGGCCAUGAGAACCCUUUCUCAAUCAGAGCAGAGUAAACAGAGACUAAUAAUGGUUGAAUCAGGAUAUAUGCCCAUGGCAGUGUUGAGGAACCUGGGCCCCCCCAAUGUUGUCAGACUAUAAUUUCCAUCAGUCUCAGUCAACAUGGCCACAUGGUCAGGGAUGAUGGGAGUUGUAGUCCAAGAACAUCUGGGAAGGCCACUUGGUUCACCAUCCCUGAUGUAGGCCAAAGAGGAAAAUUCAGUUGGAUCCUGCCCUGGAGGUAAUCAGGUUGAAUAAGUCAGAGUCACAUAUAUUCCUACAUGCCAGUUGGGACAGAAACAUCUCUGUCCCUGGAGCCUAUUUAUGAACAAGAAUGGUUGCAAAAGAGGGGGCCCCAGCAGGUGUCCUGCUGGCAUGAACGGGCUAAGCCUGCAUUCAUUAUCUGCUUUCCUGUCCUUGCUUUUUCAAGAUUCGGGUGAACAGUGUGAACCCCACGGUUGUCAUGACAGACAUGGGCCGCCUCAACUGGACUGAUCCCCAGAAAGCUGGACCUAUGAUUAGCCGCAUCCCAUUGGGGAAAUUUGCAGGUAACUUGAAGCAUCAGUUUCCCACGAGGAGCGCAAGUGGGGGCCUCUGUAGCUUUAGAAACCUAUUAAAAAAGAGAAGAGCAUGGCAGCCUCCUCUGAGUAACAUGGAACAGUUUGAGAUUGCCUCUCAUUUCCCCAAAAAUACCCUGCUUCCAUUGGGCUAAAGGGAUUGUGUCUCAAAAUGAAGGAGGAUUGCUUACCAUUUAAGAUCAUGGCGAAUGGGCAUCCUUCCAGGGACAGGCAAAACUGCUAUUUCCCCUUUUCCUGAUAGACAUGUAGCUAGCAUAUGCAGUAGUCAGGAGAGUGCAGUUCUCACACAGGGGCUAUACUACCCCUGUGCUCUAUGGAUUUGCUCGAAAAGCACACCAACCAUUGAAAACUGCCUUGGGAGAAAUCACAUGCAGGAGUCCUAUCACAUGUAUUGACAGACUCCAGCUAGUAGCUGCCAGAGAGAACAAUCUUGGGAAGGGGCUACAGCACAUGUGGAAGUGAAAGGAUGGGGAAUAUCUUGUUUGGAGUGUGGGGCAUUUCAUCCACCUCUGAAAGCCCCAGGGGCAUUCCUUGAACUUGAUUGCUUAGAGCUGCCUCUGGUCUAUCUAUCAUUACAGAGGUGGAUGAUGUGGUGAACAGCAUCCUCUUCCUACUGAGCAACCAAAGCAACAUGACCACAGGUGCCAUGCUGCCAGUUGACGGGGGAUUCCUUGCCUGCUAAAAUACAGCGUUUGCUUCCAUCUUCCCUGUGUGAUUUUUUUUCCUGCUGAGUCAUCCGGAACAGACUGAGACGUGGAAUGAAAUUCUGUGGAACAUGGAUGGGGAACUUGCUGCAACUCCAGAUCUUCAUGGGCCCCAGCUCCCAUCAGCCCGGCCAAUAACCAGGGAUGACGGAAGUUGUGGCCACAGAGAGAGAGACCAAGUGGGAGGUUCCAUUAGUGGAUGCAUGCGGAAAGUGAGGGCUGUAGGAUGCUUGCUGCUGCCGCUGACCCUGAACAAAUCACACUUCCUUACUUAUGGAGAAAUGUUUAUUGUAUAAAAUAAGAGGUGUUCAGCUCAUCACUCUACACGAUGAUUAAAAACUGGACCCGUCUCCAUCCCAACCCCUCCAAAGCUCUCCCUGCUCCAUCCCCCAGUCCAUCCCACCUGGCAAAAGGAAGGGGUUGGCCAUAACCCUUUCCACCUGCAUCAUCUUUAAUCUUACAGAAAGGUUCCUGCCAUCUGGCCCUGUCCUGCUCAGGCCGGACAAGGUAAAGAGGCCUUCCUCCAACUCUCCAUCUUUGGGAGAGCUGAUGGUCUGUAAAACCAGCUGAGGAGCAGCACACAGGCUGAUAUCCUGAAAGGCAAAGGCAGCUUGGGAUGACACAGAGCUGCACUGAUCAUUUCGCUUUGCUAGUGUCUCGUGCAAAUCAAGCACUAUAAAAGCUACUUCUUCAACCUGUGUCCCGUUUGUCUUUCCCUGCCCCAGCUGGGGUUUGUUACCUGCUCCUGCCACAAUGCUCUAGCACCAAUAGAAGUAGUAAUAAAGGGCUGGUCUUUCCAUUCACGCAUUACCCCCCCCGGCAUGGAGACACGGGGAGCAUGCACCUCCCACUGCUCCGCCCUGGGGGUGGGACAGCAUUGAGCUCCUCCUCCUCCCAUGCGGCCCUUUUACAUCGACACAGACGUUAAAUCAAAGAGACAUUUAAAAAACACUGACUUCGUACAUGAUGAAGGGCCCCGCCUCUCCCAUUGCGGGAACACCCAGCGAACGCUUCCUCCUGGCACAUACAAGGAGGAGACACCCAUAACAUGCUGAACUCAGACGCCCUUAGAACACGGUGCACUUCUUGCCAGGCUUCUUCACGGGGGGAGGACAGAGCACAGCACGGAUGGCUUCAUCAAAGACAGUCUUGAGGCCACGCUGUGUAAGGGCAGAACACUCUAGGUACUUGACUGAACCUGGAGGAAUUCAGGAGACAACAUGACUUAGGGAGAGUUGUGAUUUCUCUGCUCCCCCCCUCAGAUCCUUAAACCUUGAUUAUAAAAUUCUUUUUUGGGGGGGGGAAGCAAGGUUCUAAUGCACAUGAUAGACAAAAAGAUGGAAAACCACAGAAGCUAACACUUCUAAUUGUUGGGAGAAUGCUGUGUCCCCCUCAGUUCACCAUUGCUUCCUGUAGCCCCCGCUUCCAAGACUCACCAAUUUCCCUGGCCAUAGCUAGACCUUGAGGGUAGGUAAUGGGAGCCAGCUUCUUGUCACGCAGCCUCUCAAUGGUGUCCUUGUCAUCCCUCAGAUCCAGCUUAGUGCCCACCAAAAUGAUUGGUGUGUUGGGGCAGUGAUGUCGAACUUCUGGGUACCACUGAAAAUGAGACGCAAGGGAGUAAAUAUCCUUGACGGCAGACGUUCCUGUGUGCUAGAAGCAAACUGGUACCCAAGGAUAGGUGGCCCUUCCUGGCUCUUUGCUUUGCCAACGAUGCCUGGGAGAGGCCUUUAGGAAAAUAUCCUGAUUCUACUUCACUGACUUUUAAUCCUGUCCUUGAGGCAUCACUCAUGUGCUUUGGGCAGCAAGAUGAAAGGCACCCUCUGCCAAUCUGCGGCUAGGCUGCUACGAACAGGCCUACCUCUUGGUAGUCACUUCCACAUUCUUAAGAGAAAGCCUCUUACCUUGGCUCGGACGUUUUCAAAGGAAGCUGGGCUCACCAGUGAGAAGCAAAUCAGGAAAACAUCCUGCAAGGAUACAAGCAGGAUAGAUGACAAGGGUGGGAUGUAACUUCUGAUGAAACAACAGGAGUAGCAAAUGCAUCUCGUGCAUUGUCAAGCUAUUUGUGUCCCAAUACUGUCCCCUCUCAAUUUAGUCCCCGCCCCAAAAUAGCAGAUUUCACAAAAGGGAUGUGUAAUAUUGGCUUAAUUUUUUAUUGAACUGGCUGAAGAUUUCCCUCAUGGUCACGUAAUUCAAACUUGUUUGUUGCAGAAAGAACAUGGAAUGCAUUUGUGCAUAGUCUACAAGAGUACUGCCUAGUUUGGUAGAGGUAGAGGGGCCUUUCUCUAACAGGAGAUAUAAUCCGACUCUACUUGUGGAGAUGCAACCUCAUCACUUACCGUCUGUGGGUAGGAAAGAGGCCUUAGCCUGUCAUAGUCUUCUUGUCCCGCUGUAUCCCACAGUCCCAGGUUUACUGGCUUCCCAUCUACCAUGACGUUGGCAGAAUAAUUAUCAAACCUGGAGGGGGAAAUGUUCCAUCAGCAACAGAGAAUCACUCUCUACUCCAAGGGUCAGCAAACUUUUUCAGCAGGAGGCCAGUCCACUGUCCCUCAGACUUUUGGGGGGCCGGACUAUUUUUUUUGGGGGGGGGGAUGAAUAAAUUCCUAUGCCCCACAAAUAACCCAGAGAUGCAUUUUAAAUAAAAACACACAUUCUACUAAUGUAAAAACACACUGUGCGCAGGCCGGAUUUCGAAGGCAAUUGGGCCUGAUCCGGCCCCUGGGCCUUAGUUUGCCUACCCAUGCUCUACUCCAUCAUCACAGGUCACACCCUCCAUAUCACAGUGCGAUCCUAUACAUAUCUACUCCCACUGAGCAAUUUGGAUUACUCCCAAGUAGGUGGGUUUCAGAUUGCAACCUUAAUUCCAUGCUAGAUUAAUUAUGCUGGAAUACUUCCCACUAACUACUUCUCUCUUCUAAAGCAGUAACUAUUCACUACAAAUUUUAGAGCAUCGCCUCAAUCGCAUAGCUUUAUUUCUUCCUCCACCACACUUAAAUCACAUCUGUUGUCUAACCUAAUGGUGACUGAAAAGUAGUACCACAGUCUCUUCUUCUACCUCCCUACCCCUGCCCCUGGCUGUCUUUAUUAAAAAUAUUAUUUUCCUCCCAUAACGUUUGUUCUUUUUGUUUUUAUAUAGUGAAAUAGCUCUGUUUUGUAAUGUUAAACCCCAUUAAUUUAAAAAGCCCUCAGGAGAAACAGGCACGAUAAUGAGAGGCAUUUAAGAGGGGCGAUCAGCAGCCCCCCUGUGGAAGCUAUCUUAGGACAACCUGCAAGCAGGACACUUUUCAAUGAUGUCAGAAGGGCCAUUUGCUGAACGGGACUUACUUCUGAGGAAAUAAGAAAAGAUCACAGCCAUAGUGGUGGGCACUGCAGGAUAAUAUAUUAAGUGAUCUGUUGAACUUCCCUUUUAAUUCUGCUUCCAGUUGAGAGCAGAAAAGCAAUGCCUCAGGAUUGUUAAAGUGUGCUAGAGCAGAAGUAACCUGAGUUAAUCUGUAUAUUACAUUUCAGUAAGUUACUCAACAGGCAACCUGUACAGAGGUGGAGAAUAAGUUUAACGCCAACCCUUUCUCUGUUACUUUCCAAGCGAAAGAAUGGUAGAAGCAUGUAAAUGAUAUGACUCUAGUGAACAUUUCCCAUAGUUCUAUUAUUCUUAAGCACAAUCCUUGAGGAAUACUAUAGCCAUCACAACCAGGGCUAUUUUACCCAACAAAAUUCCACAUAAGAAAAGCAGGCAUAUAGAUCAUCUGUGAUUUUUUUGCUAUGUGUGGACACACACUGGAAAAUGGCUAAUUACAGCUUCCCUGCAGAUGUGCCUACAGCAAAAUACUUAUUUUUAAAGUCAUUUGUACUUAACUUUAUCCGGUUUAGUAGACUAUUGCUCAGUUUGUCCCACUUCAAGUGCCCCUAGGAGUCCCAGUUCUUUCAAUACCCAGAGUAUCAGCAUCCCAUUGUGGGACUUCUACAAACCGCCAUAUUAUCUGCGCAUGCAUGUUAUCCCACAACUAUGUAGUAGAACUUCUAUACUCACACAGUGGGGAUGUAUUCUCCGGGGAAGGCAUUUGUCGUGUAGCUGAUCAACAGACAGGUCUUCCCCACAGCCCUGAAGAAAUGAAAACAGAGCCGUACAGCAUAGACACAACAGGAUGGCACGGAGUGGGGCUGAGAGGGGGGAAAUGGGAUGCAUUUCCCCAAUUCUCAGCCACUGGAUCAGAUCUAGAUUUUUGUAUAUGUGAUCUAUCCUUAACACACCCAAACUUCUUCCUUCAGUGACGUUGUUCUAUGGGGCAGGAAACACACCUUAUACAACAGGGGUACCCAAUGUACUACACUCAUCAGCCCCAGCCAGCUUGGCCAUGAUCAAGAUAACUGGAGUUGUAGUCUGGCAACAACUGGAAAGCUACCCCUCCCUUAUAGUGAGAUUCUUCACACACUACUAAUCUGGGCUCAUAAUAACCUUAAAAAACAACAACCCUCAUUGUUGAGACUAACAGGGUGCACUUGGGUUAAAAAGUGAAAACACAAUUAAUAGCCAAGGAUUUUGAGUUCCAGCAGGAAAAACGGUGUUCAAUGAUCCUGUAUUUACGCUUCCUUUUUGCAUACCAAGCAUCUCUCAGUGGCAUAGCCAGCAAGCACAAAAGCCAACGGGACAAAUUUUCACCCAUAUGAUCACAGAUAAAGAUGGUCUUCGGGGAUAGACAGCAGCAGCAGUGCUGGUGCUGUACAUGAGAAUACAUGUGAAAACCAUUUGGUAGGAAACAAAUGUAUUGCUCUCUACUGUUAUUUCUGUGCAACACACAUUUAAAAAAAAAGAUGCUUG